AUGCCAGCGUCGGCAAGGAGGAGAGCGCCACCUACGCCGUUGCGAUUGCACUCGAUGUCCCUGCCAAUGCCUCGACGCAACGCACCCAAGUACGUGCUGCCGGUCAAUCCGACGACCGAUCGAGUCUAUCUCGACGAUCGCAAGGCACUUCGCGAAGACGAACGUCACUGCAAAGGCAGAAAGCUUCCGAGCCUCACCCAUCUCGACCUGACACCUCGACUGGGUGAUCAAGAGAGCCGCACAGGCCAGUCAGCAGAUCACUGCGUCUCCGAAGAUGACAAGAUCUCCAGCGCGGGAAGUCCAAAUGCGAGCAUCAAGAGCGCGUCGAGUGGCGAUAGCACGCGGCAAAGCUGGAAGAGCCUCUUCCGCCUUUCGACAUAG